UGUGUGUGUGUGCGUGUGUGUGAGUGCACGCGCGGGUGUGUGGACAAGGAGGUGGGGGCAGACGAGUUAAGAGUCCCAACUCCUUGGACUCCAUUUGCUAUUCUUUUCUUUCUCCCCCAUUCCUAUCUGGUGGUAGUGGGUGUUUAUAUUUGCGAUUCUUUUCAUUCAUUUCCAAAUUUUCUAAGAUUUUCGGCUUGGGGGUAGUGGGAAGAGCAGGAAAGGAGAAAGAAGGAGAGUAGUGGCAGAAGAGCAGGGGGAGGACAUGGAGAUGAAGAAGAAGAUUAACCUAGAGUUAAGAAACAGAGCCCCAGAGGAGGUGACAGAAUUGGUUCUCAAUAAUUGCCUGUGUGUCAAUGGGGAAAUUGAGGGCCUGAAUGACACUUUUAAAGAACUAGAAUUUCUGAGUAUGGCUAACAUGGCUCUACGUUCACUGGCCCAGCUUCCCAGCCUAAAUAAACUUCGGAAGUUGGAACUUCCUGACAAUGCAAUUUCUGGAGGCUUGGAAGUUUUAGCAGAGAAAUGCCCAAAUCUUACC